GGGAUCGCCUUCUGAUUGGGCGACGGGAGCAGAGGGGGCGGGACUUCCGGCGGCGGCAGCGCGGUGUCGGUCAGUGAAGGCGGGGCCAUGGCGGGACGCAGAGCUGCCCUUAAGGCCGUGGACUGGGCGGCCUUCGCCGAGCGGGUGCCCGCCAACCAGCGGGCCAUGUUCAACGCGCUGAAGACCCGCAACGAUGCGCUGACCACCCGGUUGGCUGCGCUGCCAGAGAAGCCUCCAGCCAUCGACUGGGCRUUCUACAAAGCCAAUGUUGCUAAAGCUGGAAUGGUGGAUGAGUUCCAGAAGAAGUUCAGUGCACUUAAGGUUCCUGAGCCUGUGGACACACAAACUGCCAAGAUUGAUGCCCAGGAGAAGGAAGCUGCCAAGAGCACUGCUGACUACAUCCAGGCUUCCAAAGCCCGGAUCGCCCAGUACGAGCAGCAGCUCCAGAAGCUCAAGAGCAUGAUUCCCUUUGAACAGAUGACGUUUGAAGACUUGAGCGAAGCCUUCCCUGAAACUAAACUGAACAAGGAGAAAUAUCCAUACUGGCCCCACAAGCCAAUUGCUGAUCUGUAAACUGAUCUGGGAGCAGUUUAACAACUGUCAGACUCCWUGAGCUUAUAAAUAAAGAGCUUUCUCUGUCUGUGGCUUAGAUCUUA